AUAAAUAGAGGUUGAUCGUAAGCUUAUUUCUUCACACUUCACACCUUCACACUUUACACAUAUAUAUACAUUGAAAACUAAAGUAUUACUAGUGAGCAUGGCUAAGUUUGCUUCCAUCAUUGCCCCACUUUUUGCUGCUCUUGUUCUUUUCGCUGCUUUCGAAGCACCAACAAUGGUGGAAGCACAGAAGUUGUGCGAGAGGCCAAGUGGGACAUGGUCAGGAGUCUGUGGAAACAAUAACGCAUGCAAGAAUCAGUGCAUUAACCUUGAGAAAGCACGACAUGGAUCUUGCAACUAUGUCUUCCCAGCUCACAAGUGUAUUUGCUACUUCCCUUGUUAACUUAUGCGCAAACUCUUUGGUGGUUAGUUUUGUGUAAUUUACAUAAAAUAAGUCUGUGUCACUAUCAAUGAGUGAUUUUAUGACAUGUACCUGAUAUAUGUUAUGUUGGUUCGGUUAUAAUAAAAAGUUUUAUGCACCGUAAAAUAGAAUA